AUGCUGGCGGUGGGGCCGAUGGAUGGCACCCCCCGGCAGAGCGCCUUCCUGCUCAGCAGCCCGCCGCUGGCCGCCCUGCACAGCAUGGCCGAGAUGAAGACGCCGCUCUACUCAGCCGCCGCCGCCGCCGCCUACCAGCUGCCGCCCCCGGCCGCUUCUGCAGCCAGCGGACUUUCCUCCCUCUCCUCGGCUCCUUCCUCGUCGUCUUCCUCCUCUUCCUCCUCCUCGGCGUCCGCCUCGCCUUCCCCUCCGCUAGGCUCGCCCACCGGGCUCAAGGCUCACGGCGCGGGGGCUCUGUCGGCGCUGGGCUCGCCCCCGCAGCAGCACUCGGCCGCCACCCCGCACGGCAUCAACGACAUCUUGAGCCGGCCGUCCAUGCCGCUUCUGGCCGCCGCCUCCUCCUCCUCCUCCUCUUCCUCCUCCGCCUCGCCGGCCGCCGGGCUCCUGGCGGGCCUGCCCCGUUUCAGCAGCCUCAGCCCGCCGCCCCCGCCGCCCCCGGGCCUCUACUUCAGCCCCAGCGCCGCUGCAGCCGCCGUAGCCGCCGUGGGGAGGUACCCCAAGCCUUUGGCCGAACUACCCGGCAGGACGCCCAUCUUCUGGCCGGGGGUCAUGCAGAGCCCCCCUUGGAGGGACGCCCGCCUCGCCUGCUCGCCCCAUCAAGGCUCCAUUUUACUGGAUAAAGACGGCAAAAGGAAACACACGAGGCCGACGUUUUCCGGCCAACAGAUCUUUGCUUUGGAAAAAACUUUUGAGCAAACCAAGUACUUAGCUGGGCCGGAGAGGGCGAGGCUCGCCUAUUCGCUGGGAAUGACGGAGAGUCAAGUCAAGGUCUGGUUCCAGAACCGGCGGACCAAGUGGCGGAAGAAGCACGCGGCCGAGAUGGCGACCGCCAAGAAGAAGCAGGACUCGGAGACGGAGCGGCUGAAAGGCGCCUCGGAGAACGAGGAGGAGGACGACGACUACAACCGGCCCCUGGACCCCAACUCGGACGACGAGAAGAUCACGCAGCUGCUCAAGAAGCACAAGACGGGCGGGCCCAGCGCCGGCCUCCUACUCCACGCCUCAGAGAACGAGGCCUCCUCCUAGGCGGCGCGGGGUGGGGGUGGGGGGACGCCGCGCGGCCGCCCAAAGGACGAGCUGAGCCCCGCUGAGGCGGCGCUUCACAGACCCCGUUGCUUUUCCCGACCAGAAAUGAAGAGAAAGAAGGAGGAGGAGGAGGAGACCGGGCGCCCCCUCAGAGCUGCCCCUGCCCGGGUGUGUUUCUUGAGGAAAGUUGGGGCCGGGAGCCUCGACGGACAGACCCCGGGCCUAGCGCCGCCCUGCCUUUCCCGCCAAAAGGGACCCGGCUACCAGCCCCGAGUGCGGCCUCUUUAUUGUAAAUAAAAACCAUCGGACUUUAUUCACACAGCGAAUAUUUAAACCUAAUAAUCGUAACUCCGGCUACUUUGCGUCGGCGCUCGGGAGACUCGCGCCGCUGAGUCGCCUUGUUUUUCCUCAGCCUCCGCUCCUCAAAGCUUGUUUUCUUCGGGGAGUUUUGUGACUUUAAAUGGCGGCGUUUUUUUUUCUUUCUCGUAGUAGCCCCAUGAAGUUUUCCUCGCUUAGCUUCACUCCCAACUUUCCACACGGGGCGCCGCGAAUGAUCUGCACUGGAGGAGGGGGUGUGGGUUUUAAGGGAAAUCGGGGGUUUAAAUGUCGUUGGUUUCCUUCAGCAAAACCUCUCUUUUUAAUUAUUAUUAUUAUUAUUCCAUCGGGAAAGUAGGCAAGCUUUAGAGCCACGCAGGAACUUUCCUGAAGAAGCGGUCUGUGUAACCUGGACGUUAAAAGUUCUUGGUUGCCAUUUCAAAUUGGAAUAAAUGAGCCCUGGUCUUUUCGUCAAAUUGGCUACAGGGCAAGUCAAGCUCCUUCAAAACAGCUAUUUAAAGAUGUAACCUAGAUAUUGUAGUUUAAAGCUCCUUUUAAUAAUUUUUUAUCUAAAGGAGUCCUGCCAAAUGAUACCCCCCCCCCCUUUUCACACACACACGUACAUUGUGGGGGAAGAGAAUGCUUAAUUCUAACUUCCUUGCAUUUUGCUUUAGAAAGCAGAAGUAAAGCGAGAAAAGAGGAAACCGAGCAUUCGAGAAAAACCUUCCCUUUUGCAAAUAAUAAUAAUAAUAAUAAAUGCAAGUAAAUUUUACGGUUGGUUUUGAAAUCCCGAAUUUGCGCACGUUCAAUUGAAUUUGAAAUGUGGAACGUCGAGGUUUUUAUUUUUUAAAUGAACGUGUACAUUGCUUUCUUUUUUAAAAAAAAAAGCUAAUAAUGUCGUAUUAGCCUUUUAGCCUUUUAUUAAUUUAUACGAAGACAUUUCGUGAACAAAAACAGCCCUGCCAAGACCAGUUGAACUCAAUGCACUUUGUUUUUGUUUUAAAAAGAAAUCAAUUUUAAGUCCGUUAUAUUCACGUCUGUCGCCUGGAAGGAAACGUUUAAGGGUGCAGAAAAUGU